GUACCCGACUGGAUCUUCUCUUCUCUCGCCCAGUCUUCUUCUUCUUUAAUCGACGACGAUCGAAUUUGAGUUUAUUCUCUUCUAUUACACGACCAAUCCCUUAAAACCACGACAAUGGAAGGCGAUCAAGACACAUCGGGUGGUUUCACUUUGGUCACAAGGAAGCCUUGCUUCGGUCUCCCAACAGCUUGCCCUAACUGCCUCCCCGCUUACAUAUACCUGAAACUAGCCCAGCUUCCUUUUCAACUCGCCUUCAAUUCCACCUUCCCUGAUUCAGAUGAGCUGCCUUACUUUGAAACGGGUACAUAUGUUGCGUACAACAAUGAAGAGGGAGGAGUGAUUGAGAAGCUGAAGAAAGAUGGGGUUGUCAAUCUUGACUCCCAGCUUCAGUCUCUUCCUGAUUAUCUCUCCUUGAAGGCUCUCAUCUUAUCAUGGCUUGAAGAAGCGCUUGCUUAUGAGAUGUGGGUUGGUACCGAGGGAGUAUCUGCGUGGAAGAUCUACUACUCAGAUCUUCCUUGGGUCAUCAGCAAGGUCUUGUUUUAUAAGCAGACUUACAUGGCCAAGACCCGUUUAGGAAUCAUCAAAGAAAACUCAGAGGAAAGAGAGAAACAGAUAUACAAGAGGGCAAGUGAUGCAUAUGAAGCUUUGUCGACUAGGCUAGGCGAGAAUAAGUUUCUUUUUGAAGACAGGCCAUCGAGUUUGGAUGCUUUCUUUCUCUCACACAUACUUUUCACAAUCCAAGUGCUACCGGAAACAUCAGUGCUUCGUACCAAACUUCUGGAACAUGGUAAUCUUGUCAGAUAUGCUGAGAAACUCAAGUUGGAGUUCCUUGAAGCUCCUUCUUCAUCUUCGUCGCCUCCACUUCACUCAUUCCCUUCCUCAUUUUCAAGAAAGGGUUCAAAGCCAAAGAGCAAAUCAAAGACGGAAAAGACUGAAGAAGAGAAAAAAUUCAAGAAAAGAGCAAAGUUCUUCCUAGCUGCUCAGUUUCUAGCAGUGGUUAUUUACUUAUCAGUGAUGGGAGGAGUCAGUAACGAUGAACUGGAGUAUGAAGAUGAUGAAUAGUCACAAAUUAAAGCUCUCAGGCAAACUCUAUGCUCUCUUCUUCAUUGACACAAUAAUCUCUCUGCGUUUUUUGUUCUUUCAAGUUUUAGUUAGAGAGAGGCUAAUGAUGUGAGGUUUAGUCACACAUUACAAUCAUUCUCGUUCUGAAGGAGAUUCUGUUGGCUUUUAUAUAGUUUUCAUUGGUUCAUACAAUGUGUUGGGAAGUGAAUCUUAUACCAAAAUCUUACAAGAUACAAAUGUGUUGAAAGUCUCUUUGUUGUUCA